UAACCCCACCACCAUCACCCCACCACCGCAUGCACAUCCUUGUAUUCUUUUAACUCAAAAGCUUGUGAGUAUAACUGUACUAAAAUGAAAGAAGCCCUUGUAAACGAAUGAAGUGUGUCUCUAUUUCCAGUCUCCUGUCUGGACCUCUGCAAAGAAUAGACUCCCUAUAAACGAGAUACAGCUCUUGAAGAUGUGCGACCAAUUUUGUAAAGUCUUGAACUUCUCUCCUCCAUCAAAGCCACCUUUUGUUUCUUUGCCUGCCAAGUCCCUCCCUACCCCCCAAUUCCCCACCCCGCCCCUCAAUUCAUUGCUGGAAGUGUUUUCUGCUCUUGUAUAUUACAUCAGCCCCCUCCCCCCCCCCCCCGCAAGUGCCCUCUCUGUCUUUUGUUCUGGCUUCCCCAUGUUUAUCAAAACUCUGCAAAAUCAAAGGUACAACCCUCAAGAUGCCAAAAGCAAAAAACUUGUAUCCUUUUAAAGCUAGAUGAAAACCAUGCCUCCUGAAUCCAAUUAUAUCCCGCAGCUAGCUGCUAAACCUCUCUUAAGCACGUUGGUAUUAUUUGCUAAGCAUAAGAUGUAACAAGGCGACACGAGCGAUUAAGAGCCUGCCUUUAAGCCAGCCCACCUACUCAUUUUUAGAAACCCGAAAUGUGCUGCUCUUUUCUUUCCUCCCUUCAUUUUCUUUUUCUUUUCUUUUCCGCACUUACACCCCAACUGGAAGCACGGCGUCGGUGGAAUGUGUUACAUAUUGUAAGCAUGCGUCGGCUGGUUUACUGUCAUAUGGGACCGUGGUUCGACGUGGCCCCACCACAUCCCCAACCUGUAACUCUACUUAACGGCGUGCAGAGUUCCUCUGGAAGGUCAUGCGUUCCAAAUUUGAGCAGCAUAUGGAAAUGGCCACCAAGUUAAUACGGCUGGUUAAUGACAAGAAAAAAGCCGAGCAGGCCAGUGGCGGCCCCAAGCGCCUGGGCCAGGAUGUGGAGAUGGAGGAAAUGAUCGAGCAGCUGCAGGAGAAAGUUCGGGACCUGGAGAAGCAGAACGAGGGCAUCCGCAACCGGCUCAUUUCAACCAAGCAGCAGCUGCAGCUUCAAGGGCACCGGCACGCGCCCUAUAGCUACGUCCAGGCCCGCAUCAACACAGGCCUCAAGAAAGCCAACGAGGGCGUGGCAGUCCAAGAGCGAGCCAAGAAAGGAAUGAGAAUGCAAGAUGUGGAAAUCAGAUCUCUGAAAUCGCCACAAGCUUUGCCCCCCAAAUACGGACACAGCUUACUUGAGGAAGCGAGAGCAGAGAUAAGAAACCUAGAGAAUGUGAUUGAAUCACAGCGAGCGCACAAUGAAGAGCUGGAGCAUACAGUAGAAAUGCUUCGGAAUGAAAUCCAGAGGAAGGAGGAAGGUUUUGAAGAAGCUCUCCUGCAAAUGAAAGAACAGCAGACAACGGGCCAACGGUUAAGCAUUCGGGACAACGUUGAAAUGAUCAAACUCCAUAAGCAGUUGGUGGAUAAGAGCAACGGGUUUGCAGAAAUGGAAGAAAAAUUACUUCAUCUUCAGGAGAAUCAAAAGAACCUGAAAGCAAGCCAUGACGCUCUAAUGGCAAAGGGAGAUGAGCUCAAUCUGCAGCUUAAAGAAGAGCGUUCCAAGUGCCUCCACCUUGAGAGAGAAUUACAGGCCAUGACUUUUUCAAAGCGAAGAUUAGAAGAGCUGCAAGAUAGAAUUAAUGAUUUGGAGAAAGAGAGGGACCUUUUAAAGGAGAACUAUGAUAAGUUAUAUAACAGUGCCUUCGGCGUGACCCACGACCCGCAAUGGAAGUUAAAGGAGCAGCAGCUGAAGCUGCAAAUUGCUCAGUUGGAGGCUGCUGUAAAGUCGGAUUUAGCAGACAAAAACGACAUCCUGGACAGGCUUAAAAAGGAACGAGAAUGUGUAUCUUCUCCCCGCCCACCUUUUGGAGACCAAAAUGAAAAGCUAGACCAGGAGAACAAAGAACUACAGCUGCACUAUCUGGGGCAGAAGCAACAGCUGGAUGAAUUGAAGAACCGCAUGAAGUUUUUCACCAAGGAGAGCGAAAUCGAGGCGGAUGAACUCAGCGAGGCGCUCGUGCUGAUAAAGGUUCGUCGGCAGCAAGCAAGUGGAGACCUCACAUUUUUGGAGAAGGUGGAAGAUGACCUCCAUAAAGACUUGGAACGUUCCAUGCACGAGCUCCAGGCAACCCAUGCAGAAACGGUUCAAGAACUUGAAAAGACACGCAACAUGUUAAUUGUACAGCAUAAAAUUAACAAAGACUAUCAGGCUGAAGUGGAAGCUGUGACACAGAAGAUGGAGGCUUUACAGCAAGAUUGCGAGUUAAAACUGGAACAAUACGUCCAUCUCCUUGAUGUCAGGGCCAUGCGGAUCCGAAAACUGGAAGCCCAACUGAAAGAUAUUGCUUAUGGGACCAAGCAGUACAAGUUCAGACCAGAAAUUAUGCCAGACGACCCAGUUGACGAAUUCAAUGAAACGGCCCACUUGGAGAGAGGGGAGAACCUGUUCGAGAUUCACAUCAGCAAAGUGAUCUUAUCCGCAGAAGCCGUGAACGCUUUCGGUGACCAGGAGCCUGCAACAUUCUGUACCUAUGCGUUCUAUGACUUUGAACUGCAGACCACUCCGGUUAUCCGGGGCCUUAACCCAGCCUAUAAUUUUACUUCUCAGUACCUGGUACGGGUGAAUGAUUUCUUUUUGCAGUACAUUCAUAAAAAGGCUGCCACGCUGGAGAUCCACCACGCCUAUGGUGUGGACUUUGAAACAGCAGCGGCGUGCCAGCUGAAAUUCCAUGAAAUACUGGAGAAGAAUGGCAGGAUCUACAGUUCAGCCAUUUUAGUUGGCGUUGGCAGAGAUAUCCCCAAUUAUGGCACCGUGGAAUACUGGGUCAGGUUAAGAGUUCCCAUGGACCAAGCAAUCCGGCUGUAUAAAGAGCGCGCAAAAGCCCUGGGAUACCUAACGACAAAUCUCAAGGAUCAGCCGAUGCUCAGCCCUGCCCAAGUCAGCACUUCAGGAGAUGGAAACUUAAACGAGCUCCACAUUACCAUAAAGUGUUGUAACGAUCUGCAGUGCCAAAAAAGCAACCUUCAGCCGAGUCCUUAUGUUGUCUACAAGUUCUUUGAUUUCGCGGACCACGAUACCACCAUCAUUCCCAGCAGCAACCACCCACAGUUUGCUGAUCACAUGUGCUUCCCCGUGCCAAUGAAUGUAGACCUCGACCGCUACCUGAAGUCCGAAUCCUUGAGCCUGUACGUGUUUGAUGAUAGCGAAACAGACGACGGCGUUUAUAUAGGAAAAGCAAGCGUGCCUUUAAUCUCUUUAGCACACGAUAGAUAUAUUUCGGGUACCUUUGAACUGACUGACUGUGAACGACGCUCAACUGGAACAAUUAGUGUUGAACUAAAGUGGAAAUUUGCUUACCUCCAGCCAGCCGGUUCGAUUGUAGCCACCGAUCUAGUGGAUUACAUCCAGAAUGAGAAACCAGUGAAGGGCCAAGGGGAACCUCCCUCUGUGGCUCCUCCUUUCCCUUCAUCGGCAAUGAGGCCGCAGCCGAAGCCCAGGCAGCGCUCAGCUCCGGCGGACAAGAAAGUGUCUUUUGUAGAUGUGGACACGCUUCCAAAUCUGAGUCCCAUUCCUGAAAAAGAAGAUGAUGAGACUGAGCAGAAAACCAAAGAUGUCAAGCCUGCUGUUUCCAGCGCUCCGCAGGUCGAAUCAGAAAGACAAGCAGAGAACAGAAUAAGCAAACCCAUGGUAGAGAUUCCUCAGGAGAAUGAAGAUCUUUCUCAGGUCUCUGAAGGUCAGUUUGCUGACCAGAGCUCGGCUACUUCAGGAGAUGAAACUGAAAUGACUGAGGAACUGGAACCGGAAGAUCAGGAUGACAGACAGACAACGGAUGCUGCUGAAUCAGUUACAGAUAGUGAUGACUGCAUUGUUCCGAGUCCAGUCUCCAUGAGCCUUAGGCAGUCUGCCGAAAAAAUCCGGAUUGAAAUCAUAUCCCUCAGCCUCACAGAAUCUCAGAUUGCAAUGGAUGAUACGAUACAGCGGCUGUUUGUGGAGUGCAGGUUUGCCAAUUUCCCAGCAGAUGAAACUCCAGUAUCGCUUCCCAAACCUAAAAUUGGACAGUGGGUCUAUUACAAUUAUAGCCACGUGAUUCGUGUGGACCAGGCAAACAACCGAGUGAGACGAGAUUUCCUCAGGGCCAUGCUUCAAGGAUCUGAGCCCAGUCCUGGAAGCAUAAGAUUUACAGUGGUAAGCGACCCUCCAGAGGACGAACAGGAUCUGGAGUGUGAAGAUAUUGGCUUUGCGUACGUCAGUCUAUGCGAAAUGCUUUUGAAAGGAAGAGACAUCACCGAACAAGACAUCAACGUUUUUGAUUUGCAAGAGGAGAGAGCAGUGAUUGGAAAGCUCAAAAUAACCGUGGAAGCUGUCCAUGCCCUGCGCUCCAUCUACAAGGAACUCGGAAGCAACCAGGACGCCUAAAACCUAUCGCUCGUGCCUAUAGUUCAUGCUUCCCCCAGCGUAACCAGCGCUGGGUAGCUCUUGGAAGAGAGGGAGCUGCUACAGUAUAUUUAAUGUAUAAUUCAUAUGUAAAAGAUGCACAAUUUGCAGCCGUAAAGUUUGUAUACUUUUCUAUCUGUUUGUGUAUAUAUAUAUAUAUUUAUAUUUAUAUUUUUUUCUCCCCUUAAGGAUACAUCCCCACCCACAGUGGACACCCCCCUGUAAAUAAUUAAUACCGACAUGAUUGAAUGAAGUGCUUUAUUUGCAUUUCCAACUUUCAUUUUUUGCCUUACAUAAAACAGUCAUAAAAAUGCAAGUCAAAUUUUUAAUUUUUAAUAAAAUAAAAUAAAAACCUUAAGCCUUAGAAAACUGAUUAAAAAUACUUUUAUGUUAUCCCUAAUCACCCCGCUAAAUGGAAUGCCUGCGAUUAGCCUCAUUAAGAAUUUUAUACUGUGAAGCUUUUAUUAGAAGCAAUAUAUGAAAAUUACUUGGAUUAAUGUGUUAAUCUGCCUCUUUAAAAUGCUAAUAUCCAUUUUAUGCACAUUAAAUCUCAGUGUGCGUUUUCUUUGAUGCAUGCCGUUUCUAUCAAUUAAAUAUAAAGAACGAGA